CCUCGCCGCCCGCCCUCGCCGGCCAGCCCGGGACGCUGUUUUUUCCACUCGCCGGCGCGCACGCUCCAUCUGUUUCCUUUCCUCUGCUCGUGAGUGAGGUUUGUUUGAGACGCCACCAGCUUCGCGCCCUGCUGGAAGCAAAAGCAGCGAAGCCAGCCAGGGCCGGGAGAGCGCUUUAAGUGGGGGGCAGCCGCCCGCGGCCGCAGGUCCAAGAAGCCACGCCUGGAGUCCCCGUGUCCGCCGGCCCGCGCGACGAGGGCCCUGCAGCCGGCCCUCAGCAUCCUUAGGAAGAGAGCAGGGACCAGAACCAUCUACGCUUUUACACAGCUCAGGCCCCGGAGGCCCAGAGUGAGCCAUGCGGGCUGCUGGGAGCAGAGCCGCCUGGCCCGGGCCAGACCCUGAGGUCUCCAGAGCAGAGGGCUCCCAAGAACUGCAGAGGGUUGGCCAUUGCCUGGAGGCCCUGCACCCCCAGGACACCCACUGCAGCUUUGGGACCUGUGGCCUGAGGACACACCCUACGGACAGUUCCAGGACCCCUCAGCACAAUAGCAGCUCUCUGGAAUCCAGAGGAAGGCCCAUGAACAUCCUGCAGCCUCGACACCAUGGGGCCUUUGCAAACCUCUACCCUGAGACAGAAGAGAGGAUGGAGGGGACAGAGAACCCCGAUAGUUUGAGACAGACCAGAGCUCGAAUCUCAGUUCUGCCACUGGCCUGUGACCUGGCCAGCAGCUGGCCCUUUCCCGCGCACGGUGGGGAGAGGAUAGCGUGACGGAGGGAUUUGGGAAGUGGCAACACGGGGCGCCUGACAGGUGCAGGAGCCCAGGAGUGGUGACUCCCCUCACUCCCCAGGUCCCUGGCUCCUACCUUUCUCACCAGCCUGGCCACAGGGCUUCUUCCUCAAACCCCACUUUUGGAGACAAACAUUUAUCAGACACCUGCUGUUUCACAGGAGGCACCAGGCCAGCCACUACAGGGGGUAAAAUGGCACACCCAUGUGCACCAGCCUGCGCCCUCGCUUAGCCCCACCAGGAACCACCCUCCGCCUCCUGCUGCCUCUGCUGCCCUGGCUCUCCGCCUGUCACCAUGGCCGCGCUGAUCGCAGAGAACUUCCGCUUCCUGUCACUCUUCUUCAAGAGCAAAGAUGUGAUGAUUUUCAAUGGGCUGGUGGCCCUGGGCACGGUGGGCAGCCAGGAGCUGUUCUCUGUGGUCGCCUUCCACUGCCCCUGCUCGCCGGCCCGCAACUACCUGUACGGGCUGACGGCCAUCGGUGUGCCCGCGCUGGCGCUCUUCCUCAUUGGCGUCAUCCUCAACAACCACACCUGGAACCUAGUUGCCGAGUGCCAGUACCGGCGCACCAAGAACUGCUCGGCUGCCCCCAACUUCCUCCUCCUGAGCUCCAUCCUGGGCCGCGCAGCCGUGGCCCCCGUCACCUGGUCUGUCAUCUCCUUGCUGCGUGGCGAGGCCUAUGUCUGCGCCCUCAGUGAGUUUGUGGACCCCUCCUCGCUCACAGCAGGGGAGGAGGGCUUCCCGCCAGCCCACACCAUGGAAAUCCUGGCCAGGUUCCCUUGCGGAGAGGGCCCUGCCAACCUGUCGGGCUUUCGGGAGGAGGUGACCCGCAGGCUCAAGUAUGAGUCCCAGCUCCUUGGGUGGCUGCUCAUCGGCGUGGUGGCCGUCCUGGUGUUCCUGAUCAAGUGCCUCAAGCACUACUGCUCCCCGCUCAGCUACCGCCAGGAGGCCUACUGGGCACAGUACCGCUCCAACGAGGACCAGCUCUUCCGGCGCACAGCCGAGGUGCACUCGCGGGUGCUCGCCGCCAACAACGUGCGCCAAUUCUUUGGUUUCGUGGCGCUCAACAAGGAUGACGAGGAGCUGAUUGAAAAGUUCCCAGUGCAAGGCACUCAGCCAAGGCCACAGUGGAACGCCAUCACCGGCGUCUACCUGUACCGUGAGAACCAGGGCCUCCCACUCUACAGCCGCCUGCACAAGUGGGCCCAGGGCCUAGCGGGCAAUGGCACGGCCCCUGACAACAUAGAGAUGGCCCCGCUGGUCUCCUGAGGGCCUGCUCCCCACGCCCCUUGCAAAUGGCACUACUUGGUCCCAACUGAACCCCACUGCCGGCUCCUAUAGGAAUCAGAAGAACAGGCCGGGGACAAGGGCCACAGCAUGCUCUGGGCAGUGGGGAGAUCCCACAGACAAUGAGGUCAGCUCUGACUGGAAAGCUGAAACCUGCAGAAAUCCUUCUUCAUGUUUCUGCCACCCCAUCUGGUCUAUGGCUGUGGUCAAGACUUUCCCAGAGCUGAUGCUUAAGACUGGCAGGCCUGCAGGCUGGGAGGCUCAGCCAACAGAGCCAGGUAACAGCAAAAUUCACCAGCAGGCAGGCACCCUGUAGAGCGCGUUGUGAAGCAGUUCCUAGUUGCAUGGGGACACUGAGUUCACUGAUGUACCAUGGGGAAGCUGCCCUCCAGUGUAUCCUCUGGUCUUGUUUUUUAUCUUUGAGUUUUUGAUAAAGCUUUUCUGCUAUAAAGGACUAACUUCGUAUCUCUAAAGUUACUAAAGGGGUCACAUCACUGGUCAGCCCCAAAUCCCGUGCCCUGUGGGAGGAAAGCGCACCAGACUCCCAGGAUUCCCAUGGGCAACGGGGUGGCAGCAGUGCCGAGAGCAACAGGUGUCCACUCGGGAAGACCCUGGGCUGAUGGUCUCUCAGCAGCUGGAUUCAGAGGUCUGAUUCUAUCUAGGGAACAGAAGGAGUCUGGCCUUUCUUAAAGGGAAACUCAGUUUGAAAUUUUGAGUCUGAAGGUCCUGCACUUAACAGGACAGAAGCAGCCCUUUUACCCUAACACUAGUGUCUAAGAACCGCCAGCCCCCGCCUCCCUCCCAGCCCUUCUCCCUCCCUGCCUCUACGACCUGCUCUCAGCAGCUGACUCUGUCACUUCUCCCUGGAGAAGCUCCUGUGACAUGUACGGCCGUGCCAGGACUUUGCCAAAAAAGAACUGGUUUCAACGACUAGCCGCUCUGUGAGCCUGCGAGAGUUCUGGAAUGUACCAGAUUUGGAGAGGUUAGAUCAUUCGGCCAGGGUGGGCCUGGGAUGAGACACCAGCAGGCGGCCCAACAUGACGUCUGAGGCUUUCCUCAGCUGCCCGGGUUGGCUGGUUUUCCCUUGCAGGCUCGGCCUUUGUCCUCCAGUCCCAGCUCAGCCUCCAAACCCUCGAGGGCAGAACAGAGGCUGACGGAACACCCCGGGACUCUAGACUGUGAGGGAGGGCCGCUCCCUGGGCCUACCCACCCUCUCCGGCUGGACAAAGCCAGGGACAAGGUGGGAUCUGGACUGCAAGAUCCACGGACGGCAGCCCCCACCCCCUCUCGUGUUCCCCAGGGAACUUCCUUGAAGAAGGGACGUGAAACUUUCCUGGG